GAGGAAGAGGAGGAGGAGGAGGAGGAGGAGGAAGAGGAGGAAGAGGAGGAAGAGGAGGAAGAGGAGGAGGAGGAGGAGGAAGAGGAGGAAGAGGAGGAGGAGAAAGAGGAGGGGGAGGGGAGGGGGAGGACCUCGGCAUUAUUGCUUAGUUGUAUAAAAGUAAUUAAUUAG